UACCGGAUAUUCAAUCUGUCGUCUCAUCCGCCUCCUAGCUUUAGCAUUAGCGUUUAGCUGCUGCACGGGAACUCUGCAGGUUUCCUCUGUUUGAAACGUCAGGUUCAAAUCAACUUCACUCCGUGUUGAGAUUUUCCACCUGAAGAUAAAACGUUGUUUCUGUUUCCGGCUCUUUUCGUCUUUCACCGUUGACGCGCUCAUAACCCGACGAGGCUAAUGCUAGCCGGCUAGCAGCUCACCCUGUCAGAGCGGAAGUGAAGGAGAAGUUUGAAGUUUGAAUGAGUUCAGAUGAAAAUGAGAAGUUUAGUUGUUUUAAAAACUCAGCAGCUGAUCAGCAGAGUCUCCAGUUCAUCAGCAGCAGUGCGAUGGCGAGCGGCUCAGACCAGACUCCUCUGCAGCUCCUCACCGGAUGAAGCAAAGCGCCGGCCAUCCAUGCUUCGACACCUGACCUCCAAAUUAAAGGCCACAGGUCCGAUUUCGGUGGCCGAGUACAUGAAGGAGGUUCUCACCAACCCUGUGACGGGUUAUUAUGUGAGGAACAACAUGCUCGGACCAGACGGAGAUUUUAUCACAUCACCUGAAAUCAGUCAGAUCUUUGGAGAGCUGCUCGGCGUCUGGAUCCUCAGCGAGUGGAUGGGAGCCGGUCGACCCAAACAGCUGCAGCUGGUCGAGCUCGGACCUGGAAAAGGAUCGUUGGCGAGCGACGUCCUCCGAGUGUUCAGUCAGUUGCAGUCAGUUCUGUGUGAAUCCUCGGUGUCUCUCCACCUGGUCGAGGUGAGUCCAGUUCUGAGUCGGCUGCAGGCCCAGACUCUGACCAGGGACAGCAGCCGGGAGGCGGACGCAGAGGACGAGCAUGUUUACCGCCGCGGGGAAACUGCAGCCGGCCUCCCGGUGUCCUGGUACCGCCGCUUAGACGACGUCCCCACAGGUUUCAGCAUCUUUAUCGCUCACGAGUUCUUCGACGCUCUGCCCAUCCACAAGUUUCAGAGGACGGACAAAGGCUGGAGGGAGGUUAUGGUGGACAUCGACCCGGAGAAGAACGAUCAGCUGAGGUUCGUGGUGACUCCGUCUCCCACCCUGGCCUCGUCCACACUCGUACAC